CUUUCAUUUAAGGUUGGCAACUGAAGCAACACGGAGCGGAAAGGUGUUGUAAAGUUCUGCUUGUGGUAGGGUUGCUCUUUACCGUUUACUGACUUGAGAUAACCAGUUCUAAACAUUUCUGCAUCUAAUUAGCCUAAAGCAGCGCGGUGUCAAACCCAGAGAUUUAUCAUGCUACGUAGAUGACGUUUGAAGCUUAGUGAACCAAGAUCAGUAAGUAGACCAUCUUACAAACCUCAAGUACCAGGAGAAUAUUCUACUAGGGAUUUCAAUUUGGAAAGCAUUUGGUGACCGGGUGAGAGAGUGCUAACGUUAGAGCCUGUUUAUUGCUGUUCUUCAAGUACCUGCGCUCAUUCUUCAAUUGCCGUGUCGCCUUGUGGAAAAUGCAGCGAUGGACGCCGAUUCGGGAACGUAUCGCACCUGUCGUUCUUUGUGCCCAACUAGCGAGUGCAUUCUACGACACCGGCUUGCAGAUGGUGGUGAAAGAGAGAUACACCAAUUCCACCAAGUCCAUAAAUCACACCGUCACCGACGACGAACAGCAGAAAAACAUAUCAAAUUUUUACAUGACUUACACUAUGCUGUCGAAUUUCCUCCCAUUUGUGCCAGCGUAUUUCCUGGCAAGGUUUGGGGAUAGGGGUCACAGGAAGGUACCCCUGGCUGUCCCUUUGUUGGGGUACUUUAUCUCCAGAGCCCUCCUGCUGCUGGUUAUCUUGCUGGAUUUGCCUGUUGAGGUGAUUUUUGGAGGGGCAGCGGUGUACGGGCUGUGUGGGGGAUUUUCCUCCUAUUGGGCAGGUGUUAUGGCUCUUGUAUCCUUAACCUCAAGCGAAGAAAAAAGAUCUGUUCACAUGAGCAGGACAGAACUGAUAUACGGAAUAGCGGGAUUUGUCGGUAGUAUCGCAUCUGGCCACCUUUUCCAGCUGUAUGCGUUCGAGCACAAACAAGGAGCAGUGCUUGUGGGAUUGUGUGUGUUGCUGUAUCUGUUUUGCUUUUUAUACGUACUGUUCGUACUUAAAAUUAACGAUGGGCUAAAGUCAAGGGUUCACAAAGAGCCACGGCAGGAUGGCUUUGGAAUACUUAACCUACACUCCCGUGACAAGAUUAAUAUCAUCUUACUUUUUGUCAGUGCCAUCCUGUAUGAUAUUGCUGUUGGGGGUGGUAUGGAGAUUUUGAUGUCUUUUGUAACGAAAAAGCCAUUAAAUUGGGAUGCCGAGUACAUGGGAUAUGGCAACGCAGCAGGCUUCGUCAUCUUUUUCACAAGUUUCCUCGGAGUCCUGGUUUUCUCCAGAUGUGCAAGCGAUGCCACCAUGAUCAUCAUUGGGAUGGUCUCCUUUGCAGCCGGAAUUUAUUUCAUGGCUUUUGUGACAGCAACGUACAUGUUCUACCUAGCUCGAGCUUUAACUUUGUUUGCGCUAAUCCCAAUGCCCACCAUUCGAUCUCUGCUGUCCAAGCAAGUCCAAGACACCUCGUAUGGGAAAAUCCUGAUUUCACUGCAGCUCUCCCUGACCAUUGCAAGUGUGGUUUAUUCCCCCAUAUACACACAGAUUUACCAGGCCACUCUCAACUGGUUCCCAGGAUUUGUUUUUCAGGUGUCCAGCAUCGUCACAGUCCUCGCUAUCAUACCAAUAAGCAUUGUGGGCUGUAGGACUGCCAGACAGGAGGGCUACGAGAGGAUUCAGGGCAACUGACAUCUGACAUCAUUGCUGAUCCUGAAUCUAUACCAUGUUUCGCUAGCUCCAUCUCUGUGAGUGUCAAACAGAUGUGUGAGUACAGGCUGGUGAAGAAUCUCACAGUGAAGCAUUUCCUCCAGGAACCUCACUUUCUGGUAGAUUUAUUUUUCCAGUAAAAUAAUCGCUAUACCGUACUUGAAUAUUUACAUUCUGAAAUGCAGGGUUUUGGUUUUAUUGUAUAUUUGUAAAUGAGAGAACAGGGCCAUUUGUAAUGUUGUUUUACCUCUAUAUUUUACUUCUCUAUAUUAUUUUAUAUAUAUGUUCACUCACUGUAAUUUAAAAACAUUUUUAAUCUACAGAUAUCAAGAUUAUGAAAUGUGGUCAGGUACAAUCAGGGUUUUCUCUAGGUUUUCAGAGGGCUUAGGUGCUGUCUGGGUUUUGGGUUGGUGGUGGUUGGGGGGUUUGAAAUUAUUCAAAGGAAAUUUUAAGUUAUUUUAAAAAAAAACAGCGUUUUUAUUUAUAUGAAAAAACGCUUUGACCAGCGGUUUUCAUCAGACAAAGACGUUACGUGUGAAAACAGCCUAACUUUGUUUAGCUACCAAGCCACGUUAGAUACUAAUGUUUAGUCGAGGUAUCUUUAUGUAACGCCAACUAACUAGCUUCGCUAACUAACGUACUUCAGUAACAAUACAUGAAUAUCUAUGCAAGUUGGCUAGGUUAGCACUUUCUUUAGUAAAUAGGCUACAUUAUAUCUUCAUUCCGGUAUGUCGCCUAACUGCAUUUUUACGUUUUCAUUCGGCUUAAGGCGCUCCGCAAAAACACUUAGGCGCAGCGCCUAAGCGUUUCUAUGGUAGGGAAAACCCUGACAAUAUUGAUUUUUUUUUCAUGUAAUAUUAUUGAAGGGUAAAUGAAUAACAUGUCUGACAGAGAUGUUUGAUGUAUAAAUAUGUAUUGUUUACUUUCAUUUAAUGUUUAUGGACAAUUCCUAAGCAGUGGAGUAUAGCUGAGAUCAAUACCUUGUUAUAAAGUUAACUCAUUAUCCCUCCACGCUGUUUCUUAUGGGUAGCAUGACAUUCAGACAUGCAUACACGCCUAAAAUAAUUUUACUCUGUAUGAUGCAUCCAGUAUUUUUGUGAAUGUAUAUUCACCCUAUACAUGUGAAUGCUACCAAAAAAGCAACAAUAUAUGAAUAUUGCCAAACAAGCCAAGACAAACAAGACAAAUGUUUUUUUUUUUUUUUUUUUAAAUGACGAUGCCACAAAAGACCAAGAUUUCUUUUUAAACAAAACAGCACAAUGUAUGCAGUAUCACCCACAUUUUCAGUUGGAGAUUUUAACAGGUAAAAUCAAAUGUUUUGUGUAUCAAAAAUGUGCUGGUGAAUUUUUCUACAGGACCAAACUAAAUGACCAAGUCCUGUAUAAUCAUUAAAUGCAUAAACAAUUAGGGGAUCCACACAGAUUUAACCUGUGAUAUGUAUAUGAGUACAUACAGACCUGUAUGUUUGCUGGCAGAUGGUAUUUAAUAUAUAUUCUGUCUGAAAUGGGCAUUGAUUGAUCCCUGUAGCAUGCUACACAGGAGUUACACGCAUUUUUUAAAGGUGCUGGGCAGACAUUUAACAGAAAAGAAUCAAAUACAUGUGCUUGGCUUGCGGACAUGUACGUUUUAUGGUACAUGUACAGUAUAUUCUGGGUGGCAUUUUGUCUAUGAAAAUUAUCUUUCAGAGAAUUGUCUAUUUUCGUA